AGGCUGGUGGGCAGGGAGAGGCAGGAGCCUGCAGUCUAAGGGGAAAGAAGGCCCGGAGAGCCUGUUCCCUCUCCGGUCUCUUCCUCACUUGAACGAUUUCUACUCUUUCCUCAAAACCUGCUUCAAAUGUCAUCUCCUUUAUGAAGUCUUUCGUCUCCAGGUCAGGGAGCCAUGUCCCCCCUCCUGGGUCCUGCGGCACGAUGAUCGUGUGUCUCAUAUGCCGGUUACCCUUGCUGCAUUAGGAUUUCUGGAAACCCCGUUUCCCUGUCAUCCUGCCCAAUCUGGCAUUCAGGGCCAGGGAAGGACCUGGCCUGGGACUGAGGAGCCCCCACCUCCCUAUCAGGUGUGGAAGUGGCCAGAUAGUUGGGCCGCCCCCACAUAGUCUGCCUGGUGGCCCUGGGGGCUCCUUCUCUGGCUGCCCCUAAUACCGCAGUCACUGCUUCUGCUGCCACAGUCUUGGCCUAUCCGUCAUCUGCCCUAUGGCUGGGACUCCUUUAUCAGAGGGUCUCUCUCCUGUCCACGUACCUGGUCAUCACACCUCCUCGUAGUUCCUGGGGGCCUAGUACUGCUCCUGUCUGGAAACUUCACUUGGGAUUAUCCUGGGCAUCAGAUCUUCACGGCCUCCAGAGAGGGCAUCUGAGACUCCCAGUCAGCUCGAAGCUGAACAGUCCCUUUUUGUUGAAAGGAAACUAACAUUUCUAGGGCACUUUAUUGUGUGUGCCAGCCUCUGUUUUGAGCAUUUACAAAUACCUCUUUAAUGCUCAGAACAGCACUCUGAGGUGAUAAUUAAUCAUCCCUUUUCCGUAAGUAGGGACUGGGAGGCUCUUGAGAACGUAGUAACCCGCUGCGCCCUCUCCUGGUAGGGGGUGGUCAGCCUUAGAGCCCAGGCUCAAAACCACCCACUGUGAGGGCUGAGGCCCCCAGGCUAGAGGAUUUGGGGAGAGAUCGGGGUUUGCAAAGAAGUGGGUGAGAACCGAGAGGGGAGCAGUUCCAAGACCUGCCUGAACCCUGGGUGUUCAGGCUGCGAGGGGCGGGGGAGGAAGGGGGGAGUCCUGGCACUAGCCACGGAGGUGAGGACCAAGGGAUGAGGAGGGACAGGAGGUGCCCCAGCAUGACUUUCCAGAACCGGGUCCCAGUCCUCCCUCAGCCAAUUCCAGGUUGUUUCAGUGAAUCGCCCACCCCUUUGUCCCGCGGGGCCGCCUCCCUCAGGAGCGCUGAGCCCAAGGGCCAGGCUGUCCCCAGGGGCGGGGAGUUGAGGGCCAUAAUGGGGCUGGGAGACGCUGGGAGGUUAGCGUGGUGCCUGUCCGGAGAGGUGAGCCGGCAGAUGUCCAGGCUGGGGCCGUGCCGCUGGCCACACUGGAUGGCCGGCGGGGCAGUACCAGGACUCCGGUCUGAGACUCCAGGUCGGACCCAGCGGCGGCCCCUCUCGGGCUCCUCGGCCCGUCACCUGCCGAGAUCCGCCGGAAUUGGGGGGCUGGGCGGCCGCAGUGACCACAGCUCCCCAGGAACCCCCUGCCCGGCCUCCCCAGGCGGGCAGUGGAGUCAACCGGGCCCCUGGGCGCGCCAUGCGCAGCACCACCCUACUGGCGUUGCUGGCCCUGGUCCUACUCUACUUGGUAUCCGGUGCCCUGGUGUUCCAGGCCCUGGAGCAGCCCCACGAGCAGCAGGCCCAGAGGGAGCUGGGGGAGGUCCGAGAGAAGUUCCUGAGGGCCCAUCCAUGUGUGAGCGACCAGGACCUGGGGCUCUUCAUCAAGGAGGUGGCUGAUGCCCUGGGAGGGGGUGCGGACCCUGACACCAACUCAACCAGUAACAGCAACCACUCAGCCUGGGACCUGGGCAGCGCCUUCUUUUUCUCAGGCACCAUCAUCACCACCAUCGGCUAUGGCAACGCGGCCCUGCGCACAGAUGCCGGGCGGCUCUUCUGCAUCUUUUACGCGCUGGUGGGGAUCCCGUUGUUCGGGAUCCUGCUGGCAGGGGUCGGGGACCGGCUGGGCUCCUCUCUGCGCCGCGGCAUCGGUCACAUCGAAGCCAUCUUCCUGAAGUGGCACGUGCCACCGGAGCUGGUGCGAAUACUAUCCGCGGUGCUCUUCCUGUUGAUUGGCUGCCUGCUCUUUGUCCUCACGCCCACGUUCGUGUUCUGCUACGUGGAGGGCUGGAGCAAGCUGGAGGCCAUCUACUUCGUCGUAGUGACGCUCACCACGGUGGGCUUCGGGGACUAUGUGGCCGGCGCCAGCCCCAACCAGAACUCUGCAGCCUACCAGCCGCUGGUGUGGUUCUGGAUCCUGCUCGGCCUGGCCUACUUCGCCUCAGUACUCACCACCAUCGGGAACUGGCUUCGAGUAGUGUCCCGGCGCACUCGGGCAGAGAUGGGUGGCCUCACGGCGCAGGCCGCCAGCUGGACCGGCACCGUGACGGCGCGGGUGACCCAGAGAGUCGGGCCCACGGCACCACCGCCACUGGAGAAGGAGCGGCCACUCCUGCCUCCACCGCCGUGCCCAGCGCAGCCCGCCGGCGGGCCCCUGUCCCCUGCGCUCCCAGCGAAGGCCGAGCCGCCAACCCCGCCGUCCCCGCCCACCCCGCCCACCGCCUCCGCGCUGGAUUACCCCAGCGAGAACCUGGCCUUCAUCGACGAGUCCUCUGAUACCCAGAGCGAGCGUGGCUGCGCGCUGCCCCGCGCGCCACGGGGUCGCCGUCGCCCCCCUAACCCUCCCCGGAAGCCCGUGCGGCCGCGGGGCCCAGGGCGUCCCCGGGAAAAAGGCGUGCCGGUGUAGGGGCAGGACCCCUGGCCUGGGCCUCUCAAAGGGCUUCGUUCUAGCUCUCCCUGGCAUGCUCCGCUUGUUUGACCAAAGAGGCCUCUUUCGACCGGACUGAGGGCUGGGGAGGAAGCUACGGGUUGCUUGUCUGCCACCCUCCCCCCCCCCCCCCCCGCCCGGCUCCUGGCCCUCUCCUCACUUCAUUCAUUUGCAGACCCCCCCAAGGCUUUCUGUCUCGCUGUCCCGGCUGGGCCCGUCCCUCACAACACCUCACGACUGUGCCUCAAAGCCUGCAUCAAUAAACGAAAACAGUUUGCACCGCUGCGGGCGUGCGCGCUCCGGGAACGCGAGUGGGUGUGGGAGAGCUUGCGUCGGGCCGCCUCCGGGGCAAGCCAGGCCUCCUGCGACCCCCAGGCCGGGCCUCCUCCCUCCCCCACCCCCCACCCCCAUUCCCGCCACGCGUGCACCCGAAAGGG